CUUUGCUAGCGGACCUCGCGAACCAGGUAUGGACCUCUCUCUUUCUUUCUCGAUCGAUUGUUUCAACUUCCCCACUCUGUGUUAUUCGAUAGGUGAAGUGAUGACUACCGAAGAGGAAUCCAUUGAACAAGCUGCUGCAGCUCGGCGUGAGAGGCUGAAAGCUCUUAGAGCUGCUCAGGAGCUCUUAAACACCCCUGACGAUGAUUCAGUUCAAAAUGAGGAUAAGAAGGAGGAUUCUGACGGUGUUGAUGAAGACGGGAACCUGAGCAUGAAGUUCAGGAACUACCUUCCUCAUGAUAAGCAACUUCAAGAGGGUAAGCUAGCUCCUCCAGUCCUGCCGAAGUUUGAAGAUCCAAUUGCAACAGAACCUCUAGAACCAGAGGAGACCAAGGACCCAUUUGUAAACAUUGCUCCAAAGAAGCCGAACUGGGACCUCAAAAGGGAUGUGCUAAAGAAGCUUGAAAAGCUUGAAAGACGCACUCAAAAGGCAAUAGUUCAACUAAUGGAGGAGCAGCAAAAGCAGAAUGAAGCCAUGGCUGAGGAGAAUGGUUCAACUGCUGCUGAAGAUUAGAAUACAAAUUCAAGCACAGAAGAUUAUCAUUGUGGGUGUGUGUGUCAUUCAUUGAGGUUUCUUCCCUUCAUAUGAACGAACCAGCCAUAUCAUCAUGAGAAUUGAAAUUGGUCUGAUUCUGAAACUUUGUAACUGCAUAACAUGUAAAGGAUUCAGUUGAGAAAUCAUACAUGCACCAACAGAACUUGUAAAAUUAACAGUAGAGUUGAAAAUUUCACCAAA